CCACCGUCAGUUUAUGUUGAACCCGUCGUGAUUCGUCCUCGUUUAUUCAAUUCGCACCGCUGGUUCGUGUUAACAAUGCAUAUUAUUUAUUGAAAAUAGACUAUACCGCGAAUCUUAAAUAUUCAAAAUAGUUGUUUUCCUCAUCAGUGUAUUCCUGUUCGUGUGAAGUGACUAGCAACGGUAAUUGACAGGACAGACAGUUUGUCACUUCGUUAGAAUAAUUAUUCCUGCGGAAUUCUUAUCAUGUGAACGGUUUGGCAUCGCUGGGAACGAUGAACUUGAACAAGCGCCGGUUGAUAUUCUGCACAUUUAUUUACUCAUGCGCCGCCAUCGGUCUCAUUGGCGCUGGCCUGGGCUCUAAACGAUGGGUCGUGGCAUCGGCUCGGCGCACUUCCAACACCACAGAAUCUGUGGGCCAAGUCAAUUUAGGGCUGUUCUACGGUGAUAAGUACUUAAACAUCGGUUAUGGACUGCGCACGUACAGUGUUGAUGUGAUCGAAAUGAUGAAAAUGGAUCCGGAUAUUAUGAUGUACAGCCUAUGGGCAUUGACUGUUAUUGGAGUAUUAGCCGGCCUCAUAAUGGCCGUGGCUGCAGCAGUAUUUGCAGUCAUAAAUUCUGCCAUCACUCCUAUAUCUGCGCUAGCUGGUAUACCUGGCCUUUACUUUUGGAACAUCAGUGCAAUGUUUUUCCAACUGUUGGCCGGUAGUUUUUGGGUGGGUCAAUAUUUUCAGAGACUGCAGUACAAUGUGAUGAAUAAAGAUGAUCGACGUAAUAAAUGGACGUCAGAAGGAAACGCUUCACUAGGAUUCUCAUUCUGGUUUAUAAUUCUUGCAUCCAUUUUACACAUGCUGAAUAUUUUCAUUGUGUUUUGGGCAACCAGUAAUCGCUCAAGAAAGUCACCAUCGCCAAUUAUUGAAGAAAAAACUAACGGAGCAAUCAUGCUGUAUUAACAUUUAACACUGUAUAAUUGCCAUCAAUGUCAAUAAUAAUUUAUAAAUGUAUUUAAAUGUAAAUAAAUCAUCUUUUUUAUACUAUGA